AUGCUGGCCCUGCGGCUGCUCAACGUGGUGGCCCCCGCCUACUUCCUGUGCCUCUCCCUGGUGACCUUCGCGCUGCAGCUGUUCCUCUUUCUGCCCAGCAUGCCGGAGGACCCCGCGGCCGCCCCGCUCUUCCCGCCCGCCCUGCUCCACGGGGCGCUCUUCCUCUUCCUCUCUGCCAACGCCCUGGGCAACUACGUCCUGGUCAUCCAGAACUCCCCGGACGACGACCUGGGCGCCGGCCAGGGCACCCCGGCCAGGAGGGCCCCGUGCCCCCCGCCCAGCACCCACUUCUGCCGGGUGUGCGCCCGCGUCACGCUGAGACACGACCAUCACUGCUUCUUCACCGGCAACUGCAUCGGCGGCCGGAACAUGCGCAACUUCGUCCUGUUCUGCCUCUACACCUCCCUCGCCUGCCUCUACUCCAUGGUGGCCGGCGUGGCCUACAUCUCCGCCGUCCUUUCCGUCUCCUUCGCCCACCCCCUGGCCUUCCUCACGCUCCUGCCCACGGCCAUCAGCCAGUUCUUCGCGGGAGCUGUCCCCGGUUCUGAAAUGUUCGUCAUCCUCAUGCUCUACCUCUGGUUUGCCAUCGGCCUGGCCUGCGCCGGCUUCUGCUGCCACCAGCUGCUGUUGAUCCUCCGAGGGCAGACCCGCCACCAGCUGCGGAAGGGGGUGGCAGUGAGGGCACGGCCCUGGCGCAAGAACUUACAGGAGGUCUUUGGAAAGAGGUGGCUGCUAGGCCUCCUGGUCCCUAUGUUCAAUGUUGGAAGUGAGAGCUCUAAGCAACGGGACAAGUAG